UUUUCUCCUCUGGGUAUGUCCCACACCGGCGAAUUAGUUUUUCAUACUGAAAACAUAAUUUCAAUGUACCGAACAGAAUCGGUUCGACCGGAAUCAAAGAUCCAUAUCUCUGGAUCCAGGAAACAUAAUAACACGGAUUGUAGCAUUUUGGAAAGGUUAUAGUAUCAAUUUUAAUUUGCCACAUAUAUUGGAUGAUUGGAUAGGUACGUCCGGGUCUAAUCCGAGUUUUGGACCCCGACUUACGGGUCGCAUAUCCGGGUGCAUUCCCCGAGGAAAAAAACAACUUUCCCGGAAUCAGGGUACAAAAACCUAAAUCUGGAAAAAUUAAAAAAAAAAUCCGAGAAAUUAAACAGAUUCAAAAUUCUAUAUUAUGUGUAAUAGGAGACAUCGAUUAAAACCAAACAUUCCAAUUACAGUUGAUUUCGAUCUCCAAAACCGUUAUAUAUGGACCAUAUGAUGUUUUUGAUAUACUAUUUAAUACUGAAAAACCCAUCCGUUUCUCACUCCAAAUUAACAUCUCACUUUUUUACUGUGGUUCAACCUACCCUAAAAUAAUGAAAUUAUAUGCCCCACUUGCAAACACUCCUAAGGUUUCUUUGAAUCAUUCAUUAGCGUAUUCACUUCAUUUAUUACCCAUGGUAUUUUACGAUGGAACGUUGGUGCAACAAGGUGGCUGUUGUCAGCGGUGCUAGUGCUGGAAUUGGUGCAGCCUGCUGUAAAGCUUUAGCUUCGGCGGGAAUGCUGGUUGUUGGUUUAGCUCGCAGGCAAGAACGCAUAGAAAAACUUAAGGAUGAGCUUCCUUUGGCCAUACAGAAAAAUUUACAUGCUCGGCGCUGUGAUGUAACGAAAGAAGAAGAUGUAGCCAAUGCAUUUGAAUGGGUACAAAAUGAAUUGGGCGGUUGUGAUGUCCUCGUUAACAAUGCCGGAAUUAUAGCCACUGCUCUUUUAUCGGAUCGCAAUAAUACCAAACAAAUACGCGAUACCAUCGACACUAAUUUAAUGGGGACAGUAUUUUGUACCAGGGAAGCUUUUCAUUCCAUGAGGACCCAAAAACAAGGCCGAGGACACAUUAUAAUUGUGAAUAGUGUUGCUGGCAUGCAGGUACCCAACUUAGGACCGGAUUUGCCCUCAUUGAAUGUUUAUCCGGCAACGAAAUUUGCUUUGAGGGCUAUGAAUGAAAUUUAUCGCCAAGAGUUUCAGAGGCUCAAAACUCAAGUACGGAUAACAACCAUUAGCCCUGGCAUAGUUAAUACGGAUAUAUUGCCUUCCGAAAUUCAAACUGUGGUUAAACAGUUUAUGCCUAUGUUAAAGUCCGAAGAAGUUGCUGAUGCCAUAUUAUGGGCUUUGGAAACACCACCAAAUGUACAGGUCCAUAACAUAACCAUCAAACCCAUGGGAGAAAAGUUUUAAAUGCCGAUUUUAUUUUAUACUUGAUAAUGUUAAUUUUUUAAAAUCAAUUAUGGUUAUCAAAAUCGUAUGGUUUUAUUAAAAGAAAUGUACGCUUGAAAAACAAUCACUUAAUUCUAGAUAAACGUAAGGGAACAAUUUAAAUAUUAGAGUGAGUAGAACCACACUCCAAGUAGAUUAAAAACCAAUUUGGCAUUUACAUAAAAGUGAUCUUAGUACGAGCCAUAUUGACCUGCCAAACGUUAAGUUCUUCAUAGUCUUCAAUACAUUUAUCCACCUGAUCGG